AAAAAACUCACGAAAAACCGGAAAGAGUAGUCACGAAGACCCCUGAAAAAAGUCACCAACAUGAUGAGUUUGUGAAAUUACUUGUUUCUCAAAAAACAAUAUGAAAUAAUAAAUUACCAUUUCCUGCUGACUAUAAUCUUUUGACACAUAAAACAUUUCUCUUUAGUAGCGCGACAUCACUCUCCUCAUGUGGUUUGGUUCUAGAUUAUGUCCGGUUCACUGUGCAAUUGCUUUAGUUUUUUGUUUUUGAAACUUUUUUUGUUUGGUUCUCCCCUGUUUUUGUAUCUUGUUUGUGGAAUAAUGUGUUCCUCGCAUCAACCAAAAAUAUGUCCUAAUAUUUGCUAAAUGUUAUCGUCAUCUGGAUUCAUGCUGGUUAUUUCUUUUUGGAUCCGAAAUGUUCAGAUUCAUAUUAAUAUGAAACCUUUUGCUUUUAUGAUUAUGAACACAUUAUUAGGUUGGUAGGAUGUUGGAAAUUCAAUCAGAGAGAUGAUAGUUUGAAAUAACAAAAAAAAAAAAAAACAGUUUGAAACCUUUGGCAUUAAUUAAAAUAUGUUUUGAGCGUAGUUUUUUUUUUUUUGGGUGAAACAAGGUAGUUUAGCUGGAAAUGGGAAGAGAAGUUGUUGAGUCAAUGAACAAAAAUACAUCCAAGGAAAGCGUUCUCGUGCCUCCCAAGAUAGCUGCAGAGGAGGAUUAUGAGGUUAAAGAAUGCACUGAGGAGGAUUCUCUCUCUCAGAAUCACCAAUCUUCUCCUAAUAAUGAUGUGAAGAAGCCGUUGCAGCCUGAGAACAAGAACAGUUUGGAUGAAGAAGAUGAAUCUUCUCUUACUUCUUCUGCUGCAACAUCGUUGAGAAAUGCUAAGCCUAGAGCAGUAACUCAUGGAACCGCUCCACGGUUUAGGAGUGCCCAGCGCGCUGAGAAACGCAAGGAGUACUACCAAAAGCUUGAAGAGAAACACCAAGCAUUAGAAGCUGAAAGAAACGAGCUCGAACAAAGGCAAAAGGCAAAACAAGAAGCAGCCAUAAAAGAGUUAAGAAAAAACCUCAAGUUUAAGGCUAAUCCCGUCCCUAACUUUUAUUACCAAGGACCUCCCGUUAAACCAGAGCUUAAGAAGUUUCCUUUGACGCGUCCAAAGUCGCCAAAACUCAAUAUGUCUAGGAGAAAGAGUUGCGGAGAUUCCAUUAACUCUUCUGGUGAAGACAAUCCGAAGUCAGUCUCUACACAGAACCGAGGCAGCGUCGGCAAAACAGAGUUGAAGCCUGUGAUGUAAAUGAAGAAGAUUCUUCCAUGGAGGAAGGGUUUAGGGUUACCAUAACCUACUACUAUUAUACCGGAAAAAAACCGAACCAAACCUGAUUGUUCAGUUUCACAAUCGUUCUCCUCGAGCGGUUUAUUGAUUGUUUUUUUUUUCUGUUUCACGUUUGUCUCUACUUGAUUUCUGUUUUAAUGUUACGUAACGUUUAAACCUGACAUUGUAU